AUGGCGGAAUCUGCAGCAUGUCCUGCUUUCCAGCUCGGAAGACCCCGCUACGACCAGGGUUCAUUCCUGGGUCGCCUGAGACACUUCAUAGACAUCAUUGACCCCAGCACCCUGUUCGUGUCCGAGAAAGAGCUGAAACAGUGCAUCAAACUGCUUGACGACUAUAAACAUGGCACGCUUCCACCUGGAGUCUCUGAUCUUCAGCUGUGGGAAGCCCAGAAGAUCAAGCAGGCCAUCAUUCAUCCUGACACAGGAGAGAAGAUCUUCAUGCCGUUUCGAAUGUCAGGUUAUGUACCAUUUGGAACACCAAUUGUCAUUGGCCUUCUUCUCCCAAAUCAGACUGUGGUGUCUACCAUUAUAUGGCAGUGGCUGAACCAGAGUCACAACGCCUGUGUGAACUAUGCCAACCGCAACGCCACAAAGCCUACGCCAACAUCCAAGUUUCUUCAAGGCUAUGUAGGAGCUGUGACCAGUGCUGUUUCUAUUGCAGUUGGACUGAAUGUGCUGAUUCAGAAGGCCAACAAGCUGAGCCCUGCCACCAGAAUGAUAAUACAGAGAUUUGUCCCCUUCCCAGCUGUAGCUAGUGCAAACAUCUGUAAUGUAGGCCUGAUGAGACACAAUGAGCUAUCUGAAGGUAUUGAUGUGCUGGACGACAAUGGGAAUGUGGUGGGAUCCUCCAAAAUUGCUGCAAGACACGCGAUCAUGGAGACUGCCUUCACACGUGUGGUCCUGCCGAUGCCAAUCUUUGUGCUGCCCCCCAUCAUUAUGUCCUACCUAGAGAGGCUGCGAUUUCUGCAGAGCAACCGCAGGUUAUUGCUGCCCAUCCACAGCUUUGUGUGCCUGGUUACCUUCGGCCUCUCGCUGCCUGUGGCCAUCAGCCUGUUCCCCCAGAUGUCUCAGAUUGAGGUGUCUCGCCUAGAGCCGGAGAUCGCCAUGGCAACAGAUUGCAAGGUGGUGACCUACAACAAGGGUUUAUGA